GUAGCCGAGCGGAAGUGCACGUUUACUCUCUUUCUCUGAUUUUUUUCGAGGACAAUGAAAUUAACUGUUGCGAUUUAUUAGGCUCGGCGUUUUUUCUAACGUAUUUUUUUUUUCUUUUACGAGUGGUACAUGUAUCCAGCAAAAUAAAUCAAAAUGACUGAAGAAGAGUAUAGUUUGCCAUAUCUGCUGACUGGUUUCAUAUUUUAUUCCUUUGGUCUUAAAUGGUGUUGUGACUAUGCUAAAUUGUGGUACAUUCCACCAAAGCAACGUCUGAAUCGAGAUAGUCCUAAGCUAGGAAUAUUCAAAAGAUUUCGUACAUCUUGUGUAAACACAUUAAGCAAUCAUCCCAUUGAAGGAAGUUUGAAAUUAAUUGCAACAGCCAUAGGAUUAGCUGGUACUAUGUCCAGUGGCAUGCCAGACUCAAGAGCAGCCAUCAUUUCUCCAAAAGUUGUACAUGCAACUAUUUACCUAUUUUUUGCAUUCUCAGGACUCGUAGAUGUGUUACACUUUUAUUUUCCUUAUAAUGUGACCAAUGGUUUGGCCAAAAUGAUGUUGGCACAAAGUUUCUUUGUUGAAGGCUUUCUGUAUGUGUAUGCUAAUAUACCAAGUGAAAAUCCUGUGAUCAACACAAUACUGGCACAUGCUGUAUGGUUGACUAGUUUGGCUGUGGCUUUGGAAUUAGUAUGGCCUGAUGUUAAAUUAUUGACUGGAGCUUUAACUCUGCUGCAUGGAAGUUGGAUUGCUCAUAUGGUCAGAGUUUUUCAUACUGAAAUCUAUAGUUUGCAGAGAAUCUACCUCACAUUCUCUUGGCAUAUUGCUGCUGCAUCAACUAUUACUAUUCUUGCUGUUGCCAUAACACGAAGCUGUUUGCCUCGAGAACCUCCACCACCACCUCAAGUACCAAUAUAUGAUUAUUGCAACGAAUUAGAAAUCAGGUCUACUUGAAGAGAAAAUUUAUUUGAAGAAUUUUUCAAUAUCCAAAGUUUUUUAAAGUAUUUUGAUAAAGUAUUUCACCAUUUUUAUGUAAUAAUUCUACAAGAGUCAAUAGGUACAAAUGUCUAAUACCAAACUUGCUAUUCAAAAUUGGUAUCUUGUACCAAUUAAGCAACGAGUUUUUAAUCUACUGAACUAAAAUUGAACGAUGCAAUUUCUGUGAAUUGAAUUUUAUAGACAUAAUACUUCCGAAAGAGAAGUUUUUGAUAAGUUACUGUUAAUUCAACUACAUAUCAAUUAAUCAUGAUCAAUUACAUUAUUUUUUAUAAUAAUAGAUAAAUGGAUUUUGUCUAUUAGUUGUCUUAAACGAAUUUUAGGAUUGAGCUAUACAAUAUUUUAUACAAUUGUUCCUCUAAUAUUUAUUAUAUAUUAAUUUGAGUCUAGUAAAUAUAUAAUUAAUAUGAGUAUUUUAAAUUUAAAUAUUCAAACUUAUUAGUUACAUAUUUUUGCAACAUUUAUUAAUGACACUAAGAGAAAUGUUUCUUUGCGUAAAACUUAAAUUUUGUAAUGUUUUUAUUAGAUUCAAUUAGGUAUCUAUUUUUAACAUGUUAUACGAAAAGUACGACUUUUUUGCACAUGACAAAAAAUGUGCACUUACAUUAGUGUUUUCCCCUUGUUGUUUUGAAGGAAACUGUAACCUAACAUGUUUGAAAAAAGGGUUCUUGUUUCAUUUACUUUUCCACCCUUGUUUCACUAGGGAGUAAAUUUCACACAAAAUAAGAAUCUACUUUCCCACUAGAUUAGAUAAUGUACUAUACUAUAUCUAGUUCAUGAGGUAGAAUGUAAUUUAGUUGUUCAUCGUGAAGUAACAUCAAAUUUGUGUCAAUUACAUGACGUAAAAUUUGCCUCAACAUAACAAUUUUGUUUUUAUUUUAAAAACACCAUCAGUGCCUGAUGUUUUUUCAAUCAAACUAUCAAUUGAAUGGAUUUAUAAAACAUUGCAAUACUGAUGAAUAAAAGUAAAUUAAAUACUGAUGCAUUUGAAUAUAACUCAGUGCCAAACUUUGUGUAUCUAUAUUCCAAUCUUUCGAACAGGCUGAUGAUAAAGAACUGUUUGAAUGUUGUACACUUAAAAUUUACUUGAUUUAAUUGUUGAAGAGAAAAAAUUGAGUAUUUGUAAUUUUUAAUGUUGUGGAUGUUUACAAUUGUGAUUUUAAAUCUAAUCAUCUAUUUACAAUGACAAUUCUUGUUUAUAUUUGUAAUCAUUAGAUCAUUCUCAUUGUACAAUACCUGUGUACAAUUUUAGAUUGAUAGUAAAACCAUAUAUAUUGUAUAAAUAUUUAGUCUUUAUGCAGAUUGUGAUCAAU